AUUUUUCACUCGUGUAGAAUUAAAUUUGGAGUUUCGGGUGCCGUGCAGGUUUAAAAACUCCGCAGCCGUUUGACACAAACCAGGUUCAUGCUCAGUAGAGUGUUUGUGGGAGAAGUGAAUCCCAGUACACACAGGACACUAUGGCUGAGCACGGGGCUCACAUCACAGCUGCUUCCGUGGCGGACGACCAGCCCUCCAUCUUUGAGGUGGUAGCACAGGACAGUUUAAUGACAGCAGUGAGACCCGCUCUUCAGCAUGUGGUCAAGGUUCUUGCGGAAUCAAACCCUGCACACUACGGCUUCUUUUGGAGGUGGUUUGAUGAAAUCUACGCUCUACUAGACUUUCUGCUCCAGCAGCAUUAUCUUUCUAGAACUAGCGCCUCGUUUUCUGAACACUUUUAUGGCCUAAAGCGGAUUGUAGCGGGGAGCUCAAAGCAGCUCCAGAGACCAGCCAGUGCUGGCCUUCCCGAGAAGCAGCUCUGGAAAUCCACUCUGUUUCUUGUUCUUCUUCCGUACCUGAAAGUGAAGCUGGAGAAGUUGGCCUCCAGCUUGAGAGAGGAGGAUGAAUACUCUAUCCACCCCCCUUCUUCUCACUGGAAGCGGUUCUACAGAGCCUUCCUGGCGGCCUACCCGUUUGUUAACAUGGCCUGGGAAGGCUGGUUUCUUACACAACAACUUCUCUACAUCCUGGGAAGAGCUGAGCAUCACUCUCCCCUGCUGAAGCUGGCUGGGGUUCGGCUGGGCCGACUGACGGCUCAGGACCUACAAGCUAUAGAACAUAGACUGGCUGAAACCGGUGCGAUGCAGGAGCCCGCCAGAAGCAUUGGCGAGAAGGUAAAGCUAGCUCUGAAGAAAGCUGUGGGUGGUGUUGCCUUAUCCCUCUCCACGGGCCUCUCUGUGGGCGUCUUCUUCCUGCAGUUCCUUGACUGGUGGUACUCUUCUGAGAACCAAGAGACCAUCAAAUCACUGACUGCCCUGCCUACUCCACCGCCACCUGUACACCUAGACUACAACUCGGACUCCCCCCUUUUACCCAAAAUGAAGACGGUGUGCCCCCUGUGCCGUAAAACUCGGGUCAAUGAUACAGUUCUUGCCACCUCUGGCUAUGUGUUCUGUUACCGCUGUGUGUUCAAUUAUGUGAGGAGCCACCAAGCCUGUCCCAUCACAGGGUAUCCAACGGAAGUCCAGCAUCUAAUUAAACUCUACUCUCCAGAGAACUGAAAGAGAUUAGCACAUGAUCUCACAGCUCAAGACUGCUGUGGCAAUGGCAGACAGCACUGAUACUUCCCUGAUUCAUAACUCCAUUAACUGUCAGUAACUAUAUGGAUCCCCACCUUUUGGGCUGUUCUCUACCAAGCUGGUUAAGCAGGAGAAUUGGGAUCACAGGUGGUGUGAGGGCCAGUGUGGAAGUGCAUCAAGGGAAACCACCUUCUUUAGAGCACGGUUUUAAGUUGGACGUGGUAGUUAACAGCACUUAGGAGAUGGAAGCAGGAUUUUGACUUCAAGGCCAGCUUAGGCUACCAUAAAGAGACAGGCAAAAAAGUAAAACUAAAGUGAGAGCCUGAUUAGAAGGGAUAAAAAUCAAGCAGGAAAACCCAGGUUAGACCUUAAUAAA